GCCUUCCCACCGAGCAGAGUAAGCGAGCAAGUCUAGGUUUCAUGUUUAAUUAAUUUGUUUGUUGGAUAAAUUGGGCGUAGUGAAGAGACAAAACAAUUAUGUUGUGUAAAAUUGUUUAGGACGUUAAUAAAUAUUUAAUACAGUUGCACUUAAUUGCAUUUGUAGCAAAAUGCACUAGAUCUCGUACUAAUACAGUAUCACAUUCAAAUUGAUUCACUAAUCCAAGAUAUAAAAGGAUACGGAAUGCCGGAGCAAAGUAAUGAUUAUCGUGUUGUUGUAUUUGGAGCUGGUGGUGUAGGCAAAAGUUCUUUAGUGCUUCGUUUUGUUAAAGGGACAUUUAGAGAGUCCUAUAUACCUACGAUUGAAGACACCUACAGACAGGUUAUCAGCAGCAAUAAAACAAUAUGUACCCUACAAAUAACUGACACCACAGGAUCCCACCAGUUUCCAGCCAUGCAAAGAUUAUCAAUUAGCAAGGGUCAUGCUUUCAUAUUGGUGUAUUCUGUGAGUAGUCGACAGUCUCUUGAAGAGUUGAAACCAAUAUGGCAAACGAUAAAGGAAAUAAAAGGGGCAGAUUUGCCAAAUAUCCCUGUGAUGUUGGCAGGUAACAAAUGUGAUGAGAGCCCUGAAAUCAGAGAAGUAUCAGCAUCAGAAGGACAAGCUCAAGCCCAAACUUGGGGUGUCUCUUUCAUGGAGACAUCUGCUAAAACCAAUCAUAAUGUCACACAACUUUUCCAGGAGCUGUUGAAUAUGGAAAAGAACAGGAAUGUUUCUCUACAAGUAGAUGGAAAGGGUAAGAAAAAGAAAGAUAAGGUAGUGAAAGAGGGUGGCGAAGCUUCUGCAAGUGGUCGAGAGAAAUGUCUUGUAAUGUAAUGUGAUGAAAAAAUUGCAUUGCAUACCCACCGAUUUUGCAGUAAUGCAGAUUCUAGUCAUUAACCCAAGUCCUUGGUGAAUUAUUGCACAGCAUUAGUUGUAAGUAAUACAUUAUAAUGCAUUAACAUAAUUAUAAUGUAGUACCUAAUGUAAUUAUGCCUUUUAAACAUUAAUUUCCAUUGUAAUGGAGCUUGAGAAGUCACUAAAAUGCAUAUUUUGCUAUUUAAGGGAAUUAAGUUAUUUACACUAGUUAAUAUGAUGACUGAUACGACAUUUAUAGUUGGAAAGAAUUCCGUAUAAUGUUAGUGAAAAUACAACGAAAUGAAGUCUGUAGGACUAACUGUUAAUUAAAUAUUUAUAUUCAGGUUUUAUUAAAGCAUGUUACAUUAUAUCAAUUUUUACACUCCUAAUGCUAAUGGUUACUAAAACUCAUGUUCUCGAUUAUUUGUUUCCAUUAUACGUUUUUCUAUUUCAUUACCUGUUGCCGCUAUAGCGCGUAACGUUUUAAUAAUCGUUAUGCGUGCACUUUCUCUAACAUAGCUAGCGAAAUUUUGCUAAACUAUAUAACAAUGUAGCUUAGAAAUAUGAAGCUUUUAUUUCAUACAUCCACAGCCCAAAUUGUAUUAUAAUUAUUAUAAUACAAAUGCUGAUGGUUUGUUGCUAGAAAAGUAGUACCUAUACAGUCCAAGUUAGAUUAAUGCAUCAUUUAGGGCGCUUAGCAUAAAGCUAGUUUCAAUGUAGAUGUUGACAUAGUGGGAAAACAAUCUGUGCCAAAUGUAGUAAUUUCUACUGUAAUUGGCAAAAGUUAUGGAAACAUGUUUUUGUUAUCCAUACCAUGGUGUAUUGGCAUUCCAAAGUUAUUAUAGUACCAAGAUUAGGGUUUAUUUUGGUUUCUCAAUCACAUAAUGUGGGUUAUGUCAGAAAUAAUAUUGUCAUCUAGAAUUGUUUCAAGUAUGUACAUAACAUUAAUAAAAUAUAAAAAUAGAUCUAAAUAUUUACGAUCUCAUCAUGUUAAGUUACGAUGAUAAUCGUAAAAUUCCAAAUAUUUCAUAACAAGUUUUUAACUUUUAUGUAUUGGAACUAGAUUUCGAAUACUUUUCGGCACUAUCCUAAUAUGGCUCGGUACGGCAGCCAGCAGUCUAGUGCAGUUCUGUGGGCUAGCACAAAUUUUAGCGGGUGCGUUAUGGCUAAAAUAACUCCAAAUAAUAUACGAUAAAGGCGAUUUGCUAGACCCACUGAAAUGAAACUAAAAUUUUAUUUGGUUACCUUUAGUCACAUUAAAUAAAUUCUAGUCAUUAUUCUUAAAAGAUAGCUGUCGCUAGUGUAUAAUGUACACUAUAUAAUUGAUAUCAUUCAUUACAUAUCCAAUUAGAUUUGUCCAUGUUAUAAAAAAUUAUCUAGUCAGUAAAUUAUCACGUUUUAUCUCACAGUAAGAAUAUAUUAUUAUUGCUUUAAUAAACAUUUGCUUCUAUAUUUUAAGAUUACAUAAAACAUUGUGUUUAGACAGUCUUUUAUUUACAUUAAUGUUUACGUUAUUUUAUUAUUCAUAAAUAAUCAAACAUUUUCAAUGAAACCCAAUUGCUAUAUAUUUUACAUUCCUAUUCUGCACUUUAUAAGUAGUGUAUAAGUAAAAAUCCUAUUCAGGAGUGUUCAAAAUCGUAUAAACUUUCUGACGUUUUAUAUAAGAAUGAAGUACACACAUGUCAUAUCAUAAUCAAAUAGAGUGAUAAAUAUACCGAAACGAAGUAUAGAUAUAUUGCAUAAGAAAAGUAAAGUUGUGAAGUAUAUUUAUUAUUUCAAGUGCGACAGUGUUUUAAAUCCGACCAAGUUAUGAUUCGUUAUUAUUCGUUGAAGAAAACUUGUGUAAUUAUUUUUAUUUCAGUGAUAUUUAUUUGCUAAUUGGCUAGUGCCAAUGUAAUGAACUGUAAAUUGUGACAAAAGUUGUUAAAAACUGAAUUGUUAUAGCUGGACCAAGUUGUUUGAUGUUUGUUAAUGUAAUUUACAUUAUAGGAUUUUAAUGUUUUGUGGCUGGUGUUGAUCUCUAAACGUGUAUCCCCAUUUGAACACUUUGGCGGGCACAGGGCUGCUAUAGCAGUAGUAUGUACAAUAAAGUGUUAGUUAAAAUCUCUAAUUAGACCUGGAAUGGUUAUAUCUUGUUUUGAAAGACAGAGAACAAAUAAUUACUAUUCUAGGUCAAUUGAGAUUGUUUUAUUAGUAAAGGGGUCAAUGAUUUUCCACUUUUAUCUUUGAUCGAUUCAAAUCUUGAUAAAACUUACAUUUUUCUCACUUGUCUUUGAAGCCAUUUUGUGCAUAGUGGCCUCAUCAAUCCUCACUAUAAAUAGCUUAAUCUCUCAUCUUAUUCUUCAAAAUGGUGCCCAUAACAUGGCAAUAAUGUUAGUUUAUAAAAAUUCAUCUCAAUGAAUCGGUACAUAGGCGAUUUGUAAGCAUAAUUGGCGAAAUCGAAAUGGUCGAAAAGUAAAUAUGUAAACAAUCUCGUGAUACAUUGAAGAGGUCCCACAAUAAAAGUUCAGCGAUAUUCGUAAAUGUUAUAACUAUCUGGUAUAAUUUAUUCUGACACUACCACCAAAAUUUCACCAAUACCUUUUCAAAUCGCCAGUGUAAUUAAUCGUUAGAAUAUCGGAAGAUGUAGUGUUAUGUAAUAAAGAAAUAGAGAAAAUGUUUAAUAUAUGAUGUCAAUAUCUUGAAUGACUAGUAGUUACAUGUUGCUGUACAGUCCACCGCAUGUCGAGUAACCUUGCAUGGCUGUCUGUCUAUGGCGCAUUUGCAAUUAAUUUGGAUAGGUUUAGGUGCUGUUGACUGUACAUAACUGGAAUAACAGAAGUAGGCACUUUGCAUCUUUUAGUUUCUCUCGGUAGAUGAUUAUUUAUUUAGUAGAUAUUUAGAAUACUAAUUAAGGAUUCGCCAACCGAAUAUUUGUUAUUUAUUUGUAAAAUAAUAUCAUAUUGAUGAAUCAAAGACCAAUAACAGCUUAUGUUAAUAACAUCGUAAAAUAAUUUGAUCUGUUAAAUUAAAUAGAAUUUAAAUUUACUACUCGUUGAAGUUCCGGCUCAUGUGACAACUGAGUGUUGUGGGGCUAGCACAAAUGUUUGCGAGUACGUAAUCGUAUUGACAACUUUAAAUGUACUUAUAUGGAAAAGUUACGUACAAUAGAUUGCUUUACGUACGGAUUUACGAUUACGACGUAUUGAUUUACGUACAAUACUUGCCAUUUUCCAGAUGAUUUUUUUGACGAUGCUAUUACGUUUUCGCAAAAACUCGUGCUAGGCUCAUUGUUACCUUAUUGUGAACGCACAUUUGCAUAUACUCUUUAUGUUGCAGUUGCUUUAUCGUAUAGGUAGUACAAAAUAGUAUGUGUCUAUAAAUUUUAUUUUCAAUUUAUCAUCAGAAGAGUACAAAGUUUUAUUCACUGUUUAACUAAAAUACUGUCUAUGUCUAUAGAAGCGAUUUAGUGGUAAAGAUGUUUUUGUUACAAUGUUGGUUACGAAGUUGCAAAUGUUUGUUGAGCAAAGGGUUUAGAUACAGAAUGUACUUUGCGGAACCCCAUCGAUCUCUCUGAAUUUCCGAAUAUCAUUCUGGGUCUAAAACCGACAUAGCAUUAUAGAAUGUAUGUGUGUAAGUUCUGAUACUAUACGACUUACACCUUGUUUUUUUACCUACUUAAAAUAUUCAUUUUAAUAACGCUAAUAUUGAACUGAAUGUUUCCCGAUAAUUAUUGCAUACCUGUUUCUUACUAAUUCAUACAUAUUUUUAAAAUUGUGACACUUCUAACUAAGCCAUCACGAAAAUAAAAUAAGACAAUUAUUCGGAA